CUAAUUUUCCUUCAUUAUUAUUAUACAUGAAUAUUCAGUAAAUAUUUUUUCUGUCAUCUAAAGUAGUCUAGCAAAACAUCCAUUUAUUUUUUUCUUAAUAUUUUUGUGUUAAUUUGAUUAAAUUACAACAUAACGCAUGUUCAAACACAGCCGGACACAUUGCGGUAAUGAGAAUUUCAGCAGAAAAUGAGAUAAAAUUUACAAUUAUAAAUUCUUAUGUUGAAAUCACACAUUGUGCAAGGUAGAACACAGUAUUGUGUUAAUUCUGAUGCUUUUUAAUGUUACUAUAAUACACAUUUUAAAGCUAAAAUCAUUAGUGCCGUGCGUGGUGUUUCAAUGGUUUCGUGAGAAUCACCCAUCCCUUUAUUCUAGUAAUUACGGUAGGCCAGCGCAUGCGCAGAACGCGACAUCCGGAAAUAAUAUUGUAGGCAAGAAUUAAAAGCUCUUGAGUUGAGGGAUGGUGAAGACGCGGCACAGCCGAUGAUGCGUAAAGACUCUUAAAACAUGAACUAGGACCUGUUUUAAUUCGGGACGACAUCGGCGCGCUCACCAGAAUCUCAAUCUUUUAAGGGUUUGAAUUUUGAGGUUGCGAGCUUGAAGAGGAAAGCUUGAAAACACUGGAACACGGUUGGGUGCAAAGUUGGGUUACUUUGGGUGACAGCCGAUGCCAUAAUUCUGUAACAGUUGAUAACAGUUUAUUUUAACCACAUGCUUAUAUAAAUGUGGCCCUUGAGUUCAAAGGAUGGUAAUGACAUUAAGUUUGUCUGAUACUCUUUGGAAAAGACAGCUUUCUUACUGAAGUGUUUUUUUUUAGUUGUUAAAAACUGAAUUGCUUGUUGCAUCAACCGCGUAUGUGUGCAACUGAACAGUAGUGAAACCAUGGCGGAAUCAGUGAAGACCUUUCAAGCCCACCUGACCGCUGUCAUGGAUAGUUUGGUUCGCGCAUCCGUGUGCGAGAUCACCAAACUCUUCCAGGACACAGUGAACGACUAUCUGGUGGAAAUCUCACUAAACAGGAAAGAAAACGAAGCCCUUAAACUGAGGCUGAGAUUGACCGAGAAUAAACUGAGAAAUGAGCGCAAAUACGGCAUGUGUUGGGCGGCCGGUCGGCGCGCUGCCGGUCUACUUGGCACGGAGGACGCAGCGCGCAAGACGCGCCGAAUGGAUCUCCUAAGAGGCAAGCAGAGGAAGGAGUGGUGUGCUGAUGCAUGGGAGGAGGGGACUGCAGGAGCGAGGGAUGAGAGGAGGGACGUGUUCCGUGUCCAUCUGCCAACAGGAGGAGGUGGAGCGGGGGAGGAAGAAAGGAUGUGCGCUUCUGGCGAGGAGAAGGAGGCGCCCAGCAUUAAGGAGGAGGUGAGCAGCCAAUCAGAGGUGGAGAGCUACAGACCUACAGACUCCUUGAGACUUUUGCAAGAGGCUCUACAGAUGAACCAAAGUGAAACCAGCCCUCGCACAUCCAGUCCCACUCACGGCUCCGCCUCCACCUGUCCUGAAUCUGUUGCAGGGGGUUGGGAGGAGCAGGCGCUGCCUCCGUCAGAGGAACAAAUGACCAGCGGAGACGAGCUCAGCGGACUGGAGACCGCCCUGAAAGCCGAAUGUGAAAGAGAGGAGGCGGAGUCUGGCCUGGGAAGCGACUCUCACGAGGCUUGCGGUACCGGGGUCGCGUUCAUCGGACUGGACGGACAGUGCAGCUCUCGGCGGGCUGCGUCGACUUCGUCGCACAGAUCGGAGCCUCCCGAACUACGCCUCUCGUCGGCCUCCACCGACAAGGAAGAGCGAGACGGGUCAGGGGCAGAUUGCGGAGACGUCCUGCAUUUCUGCCAGCGGUGCGGUUGCGGCUUCAAUUCCGCCUCUGACCUGGCGGAGCACUCGUGCCCCGGAGCCGAGGAACAGCCCUAUCGGUGCUCCGAUUGCGGGAGAGCGUUCGGCCACGCCUGGAGCCUUAAGAGCCACGAAUGCGUGCAGGCGGGAGAACAGACGCAUCGCUGCGAGCUUUGCGGCAAACGCUUCACGCACUCGCGCUCCCUCGAGCGCCACCAGUUGGUUCACACGGGCGAGCGUCCCCACAGAUGCCCGCAGUGCGGCCGCAGCUUCAGUCGCCUCGGGAACCUGGAGAGGCACCAGCGCAUCCACACGGGCGAAAGGCCGUACGAGUGCAGCGUGUGUGGGAAACGCUUCAGUCGAGUGGAGUACCUGAAACGACAUCAGCAGAUCCACGCCGGAGAACGAGCCGAACGAAACUCCCACCACUGCUCUCAGUGCAACCAGACUUUCAUGGACACCGAGCAGUUCAAACAGCAUCCGUGUCCGUACAACCUUUGAUGUUUUCGUUCGUGUGAUGUUCCUCUACAUCUUUGAUAACUAGUCAGACCUGGAGCUUUAUAAUGUCUCUUAAAAAUAUGAAUCUGUCAUCAUUUAUUUCUCUUACUGCUAAACUGAUAUGAGAUUUCUCUUCACCGAAAGGAGAUUUUAAAGAGGCUUUUCUUUCUUCCCUAUAUGAUGAAUAUAAAUGGAGGCAAUAAGUCAGUCUUUUCUUUUGUGUAUGAAAAUGAAAUCAUACAUGUUUAAUAGUGUUGUGGAAUGAUGAAUUAUGCUCUAUAAGAUUUGGCACACAUCUUCUGCACACGUCUCCAUCCCAAACAUGACGUGAUAUAAAACCCUUUAACCUUAAAAGCAAAGCACACUUUAGUGAGAUUUGUAUUUCAGACAUGUUUAUAUCCUCAUCAUUAAUAAUAUGUUAUGUAAAUAUUUCAUUUAGAUGAUAUUUUAUUUAUAUUAGCUGCACAACAGGCACAUCUGUUUCAACUUUAAAGAAUGUAUUCAUGUAAACAACUCAAUAUUUGUUUAAUCUGAAGUUGUCUAUAACAUUUUGAUUUAGACUUUUGUUUUUUUAUUUGCUUCUGAAUUUUUAGUAGAUUUUGUUUUGACAUUUCGCCACCUUAUAAUGAUAAACUUCUGUCUGCAUUCUGAGAUAUUCAGCUUUUUGCAUUCCACUCCAUCUUUGAUAAAACCUUUAUUUAUAAAUAGUCCUUAAAAAAACGUAUACAAUAAUUACAAUAAUAUGUAAAUAAAAAUGAAUAAACACAUGUAAAUAAGAAUAUGUGAAUAACUCAAUUUUAACGUAAACGUCAGAUAUAGAAGUGUAUCAUUCCAAGCUGGUGAUUUAUCUUUGAUGUGUUUAUUCAUGAAGUAUGAGUUUAUUUAAAAUCACACACACACGUUACUUCUGCUCUUUCACUCAACAGAGUUAAAUGAAAUAUUUGUUUUGUUGACAGUAUUAAUUUUGGUCUUUAUUUAUACAUGUUGUAUUUUACUUUUAUAGCUAUUCAACAGUUUCAAUAUCAUAUGGAGAAAUAUGGUAAAUGUAAAUAAAUUCAUUCCAAAUGUU